UGGUUUGGUUUGGCGUGUGUUUGAUGUAAAUGAUUGACGUACGCCGCUAAACGCUUUUCCAAACGGUACGUUCGGCCGUGCAAAACAUAUACAAAGCAAUCGCCUUUUAUAGAAUACUUCGCGCGUGUUUAAUGUAUGGAAGAAUAAUAAAAUAGUGGAAAGUAACGAAAAUUCGCGUAAUUUUUUCUGAUAUACAAUUGUGGCUAGCUUUUGAGACUACAUCGCUAAUCGUUGGCGUUUAGCCAGCAGCAGCUGUCAAUGCUACUGUUAACAGCUACUGAUAGUUGACACAUUGUUAAAAGUGAACUUGCGCGGUCGCAUUGACGUGACAAAAAUUAAACAAAAAAAAGGGAUGAAUACAAAAUAAAAUCGAGAGCAAAAAGUUUGAAGGAACAUUUGAAGAUAUAAAAUAAGAAGUCCGAAAAAAAUUGGAAAAAAACGUGAAGUGUUGUGUGCUAGAGAAUAUUAACAAAUGAACGCUUUGAUGAGCAACUUUUGACAGCUGUGGAAAAUUUACGAAUUCGCGCUUGGAGUGUAAUUAUUUUGAAUAAAAAUAACUCAGCGCAAGUGACACUAAUUCUGAGGACUAAAUUUGGAAAACCGAUUUUUCAAAGCAUGACAUGGAGAUAACCAGCAAAAAAUUGAGGAAUUUAAAAUGAAAAAGUGAAUUUAUUCCAAAAGAAAUUGCUAAACACAAAUCGAAAUAUCCAAAAAAGGUAGAAAAAACACAGAAGCCACGCUAAUUUUCAGCGCACCCACAAUCAGUAGUGCACUUUUUAUAGUCUAAAACGCCUUCAAGGCACGUGCGGCUUACCCCUCUGCGCAGCCAUCACGUUUGUCAAGUGCCAAAAGUGAAUUCACACCGGCAAAAGGCUUGAAGCUGUGAGCAGACAAGCCAAACGCAUUGUGCAGCCACGGAAGGAGGUGGCAACAAUACAUAGCCGGAAACGACAGCCUGUCUCCAGCGAGCCCUUGUGCUUAUGCCGUACACACCGUACAUAUAUCUGCGAAAGUGCAAGUGUAUCAAGUGAAAAUACAUUAGCAAAGUGCGCGCAUAAGUGUGAGUUUGUGUGUGUAAACUGCCUCGCUGCCAAACAGGCCUGCAGCAGCCAAAAGUCGAGUCAUUAAACCCUUUUUUCGCACGAACUGCGAACCUAACACAACCGCGCCCGCUCACGCGCCUACGGUUUGCCGUCUCCACAGCUCACGCGCAAUAAUUAAUGCUGUUAAACAAAGUCGACGUCGUCGCGUUUGUGUUAUUAUAAUUGUUGGUGUAACAAACAUUCCGCUACUUAACUGAGUUAUAAGUGUGGUGUAGUGCCGACCAACUUCGGCCGGUCGGCCAGCCAGUCAGCCCCACUAGUAAGUUAGCCAGCGCGCCUCUUCGCCUGUUCACCAGUUCGCCCACUGCGACCCCACCACAGUUCCCGCACUCAAAACGCACUCACUACUGUUGCCUGCUUACUUAAUUAGCGUAUGCUUGGCUCAUCGCCUAAAAGUAGGCAAUUAAUUGUGUGCAUUUGCGUGCAUUAGCGCGUCAACGCGCGCAAGCUAACGCUGCGGCCAUAGCGCCGGCCGUCGCCUUAACCAAAAUUCAUUACAAUUCGCGUGCGCUCCACUGCCGCGCGUGUGUAUGUAUGUAUGGUGUGAUUUUGUCAGUUUCCAAAGUGUUUAAGUGCUGUGCCGACGGCAACAAUUAUAACAACGACAGUGGAGCUUACAACAACACACGACGGCUACAACAAAAGUGUUAACUGCAUUCGCCGCAAAUUACGAGGCAAAAGCAGCAGUACAAAAACAACAAAGACACACAGAAUAUCAGGCGGAGCAGCAACUUCAGUAAGCGCAAGACAUUUUGCCUUGCCACGGCGGCGGCGUGUUAAGCGAAAGCUACAAAAUUUUAACCGAAUUAUCGAAAACGCCCCUUAGGGCUGUCGCGCUGGCGUCAUUUCUGGGCGACGGUUUUGCCGCGCUCGGUUCAAGAACACCAUCGGUUAAGGAUCUAAUGGCGUUCGGAUCGGUUUUACACAACAAUCAGCAUAAUAUCGGACGCAGUGAACCGCCCGUUGGUGUUGGUGAUCCGUGUGCGGGUUGCAAUAAACCUAUAUUAGAUAAAUUUUUAUUAAAUGUCCUCGAACGCGGAUGGCAUGCAUCCUGCGUACGCUGCUGUGAAUGCCUUCAACCGUUAACGGAAAAAUGCUUUAGUAGAGAAUCAAAAUUAUAUUGUAGGAAUGAUUUUUUUAGGCGUUUCGGCACCAAAUGCAGUGGCUGUGGUCAAGGCAUCGCCCCCUCCGAUCUCGUACGUAAGCCGCGCGACAAAGUAUUCCACCUCAAUUGCUUUACAUGUUGCAUCUGCCGCAAACAGCUCAGCACUGGCGAACAACUCUAUGUGCUGGACGACAAUAAAUUCAUCUGCAAGGACGAUUAUCUGCUUGGUAAAGCGCCUGGUUGUGGGCAUAAUUCACUGAGUGUGCCAGCAAAAUAUGCAACGCAACAACAAAAGCGCAGCAGCUACAGCAACUACAACAACAACUACAACAACCGCAAACAAGCAAUAAGCAAUGAACAACAGCAACUGCUGGCGCACAGCCGCAGCGAAUUGACAACGACGACAAUGUAA